GUCACGUGGUUACUGUCGCUGCCUCCAUGCUGGAGUUGAUGUAACAGGCGUGUGGAUUGAUCAUUGUACCGGUGUUUGAGAUUCAUUGACCGGAUAAACGGCGAUCAGACGGAUCUGUCAGUAGACAUGUCGUACUGCAAGCAGGAAGGUAAAGAUCGCAUCAUAUUUGUCACCAAGGAGGAUCAUGAAGCACCCAGUAAUGCUGAGCUCAUCGAAGAUGACCCAAAUGAUCCGUAUGAAGAUCACGGUCUUAUUCUCCCUAAUGGUGACAUAAACUGGAACUGCCCGUGUUUAGGCGGUAUGGCGAGUGGCCCUUGUGGACAACAGUUCAAAGAAGCCUUUUCUUGUUUCCACUAUAGCACAGAGGAGAUAAAAGGUUCCGACUGUGUGGAAAACUUCAGGAGUAUGCAGGAAUGUAUGCAGAAAUAUCCUGAGCUGUACCCUCAGGAAGACGACAGCGCCCCUUCUGGCGGGGCCGAUAAUACACCCACUGACUCUCUCCCUACGUCCUCUCCUGAUUCCACACCAGCAGCCACAGAAAACCCAGCAGCUAGCUAAUAUUAUUUUCCCCCUCAUUUCCUCCACACCUCACAACAGAGACGGCUCCAUUUUCGAGUAUGAAGAGACAAUAUCAAUGCUCUCCACCAGACUGCAUGAUGCACAGAGAUUCAGGAUGCCCUUAUUCUUCAGGUUUUGUGAUUUAAAAUGUCAUUAACAUGCACUUGAGGGACCUACAAAAGUGAGUUUUAAAGAUCUGUAUGAUUGGCAGGUGAGUUAGAUGCCAUUUGAAUCAUCCUGCUUUGUAUUUUCUGGUUAUUAUUUGCUCCACAACCCAAGCUUGUUUGACUUGUGUACUACAACAGAUCAAAGGCCAUUUGGCACUGUACCUUCACAGCUAAGCAGUUUUUUGAGAGUGGAUACUCAAAUAACAAGUCUAUAAACAUUUCAUGCACUCUUUUUGUUGUAGAACAUGAAGAAGAAAUGUUUUUGAAUGCAUGUAGCCCAAGGCUACACACUAAGUACAAACAUAGGGGUGUGAGCGAGUAAACCAGUAGCCUUACCCGUCAGCUGAUGAUACAUACAUAAUUGUUGGUGUUAACCAAUAAAUGAGCAGAUCUUCUGUUUAGUAAGAACAUGCAAAUAUCUGUUGUUCCAAAGACUUGUAGGUUUUGUUCAGUUGAAGUAUCUUAACACUGAGGGCUGUUUCUUGAUCCAUUUUCUACAUGCUAACAUUAAAAAGUGUUAAAACAUUGUGCUGAUUUCUGAUCAUUUUUGUAACUCUGUGGUAUGUUUAAGCUAAUGUGGCUUAUUAAUAUAUUCAGUCAAUGAUAUCUGCAUAUCAAAAAGUGUCUGUUUGGGUUUGAUUUGUCAUUCAAAGCCUUAAUGUGAUCUUUUCAUCUGUGAUAUGUCUGUUUCUAAAAAAGGUUUUAAUAAAAGAUACUGAGUCCAAAUCAUGCAUAAGUACUGGAAGAUUUUGAAUCAGUCGGUCCAUACCUUUUGUUUUUCAUUUUUUCAAUUGUGUGACAUUCAAAUGCAUUUUUAAAAACACUUGACUGAAGUGUAGUAAGACAAGAAGCAAAUAAAAUACAAAACUGUGAAUGAA